GCAAAAGCAGAAAAAAUACUGAAACAAGCAUUGCGGAAAAUGGUUCACGUGCGAAUCAGGUUUUAUGAAAAAGAGUAAACGCUAAAGAGUGCACGUUUUUAGGGCAUUGAAGUCGAGACAAUUACAAACACAGCACUCAAACGGCAGGGAGGACCACACACUGGUUCUAUAUAGCAAGUCUACAUCUAUUUUUGUGGUUUGAUGAUACCAUACUUUGUUAUGCUACAUGGAAUCCCGAUUAAUUGAGGGAAAUGGCGAGAUGGAAGUUUCUGGGGAUGUUAGUUUGAGUACGUAUGAAGUUCAGAUACACCAAGAAACAUAUGAAGUGGAUCCAAAUGAGGGGUGUAGAGCACUAGAGAGUUCUUCAGGGGGAGAGUUGGGUAUCUGUGAUGAUCAUGCUAUUCAGGAACCAUAUGAAGGCAUGGAAUUUGAUUCUGAAGAUGCUGCGAAGAUAUUUUAUGAUGAAUAUGCCCGGCGUGUAGGAUUUGUCAUGCGUGUUAUGUCUUGUCGACGCUCAGAAAAAGAUGGUAGGAUUCUUGCCCGCAGGCUUGGAUGUAAUAAGGAGGGUCAUUGUAUCAGCAUUCGAGGGAAAUUUGGGUCAGUUCGAAAACCAAGGGCCAGCACAAGGGAAGGUUGUAAAGCAAUGAUUCAUAUCAAAUAUGAUAAGUCUGCAAAAUGGGUGAUAACAAAAUUUGUGAAGGAUCAUAAUCAUCCACUGGUAGUCUCUCCACGAGAAGCACGCCAAACAAUGGAUGAGAAGGAUAAGAAAAUUCAAGAAUUAACAGCAGAGCUUCGGAAUAAAAAACGAUUAUGCGCAACAUAUCAGGAACAGUUGACUUUUUUUAUGAAAAUUGUUGAAGAGCACAGUAAUAAGCUUUCUACGAAAGUUCAUCAUGUAGUUAAUAAUCUUAAAGAAUUUGAAUCCAUGGAAGAGCUGUUGCACCAGACUUAGCCCUGCAUUAUGUGAGUAUUUUAACUCUACAUUUAGUAGUUAACAAAUUUUUUCAUAAUAUAUCUAUGCUUGUAAAGAAAACAAUUUUAUUUCUCACUAAAGAUCUGAUGAAAUUUUUUACGAUGCUCUUUCCUUUUCAGUCUAAAACUGUGUACAGCUUGUACAUGUAUCCUAGCAAUGGUUAAUGCUGUCUAUAGUUGGUUUUGCUUAAUUUCAAAUGUCAUUAGGGAACUAGAUUUCCAUUUUAUACUACUGUGUGAUGUAUUGACUUAAUUCAUGUAUUUACUUGGGGCACUGGUUAUUAUAGCUCUUAUCAUUUCAAGCAGAAUUAUAUUCAUAUGUCAAUUGUCUAACAAUUUGUAUUUGCAUCUGUGCAAACUUGCCUCCUAUUUACUUUUAUAUAAAAUAUUGGUUGUAUCUUCAAGAUUUGGGAUUCAGAUUGGAUGCUAUCUCUUAAAUUUGGACUAGGACUUAAUUCAACCCUAAAAACUAGCUCAUAAGGUGAGGAUUGCUUUAGUCUUUCUAAGUUCUACUUUAGCUAUAUUUGUAGUCAAUGUAGAACUUCAACAAUGUCAAUAAAUGGUGUAGAACUUUGCAGUCAAGAGAAUUUCAGCCAUGCAAUUCAUCUAAGGCUUGUGCAACCUCGUCACCUCCUAAAGGCUAAAACUGAAAGUCAACAUGGAAAAUCCAAACUCUACAAAAUGAAAAACAUGCAAGUCGUCAAUUAUGUUAAUGAUAAAGAAAGAGGGACCCCGUUCAUCUCAAGUUUUAGAAACUAUUCAU